AUGGACAACGGUGAAUGGGCUGCAAUGAGAGACAUGUGGGCUAACCAAAUGUGGGCAAAUAGGGGUGCUGCCAAUGUAGAGGUGUACAAUCCCGAGGAGGUGUACCAGAACCAUCCUGUCAACAUUGUCUCCAUUGGUGACCAAGUGGCCGUUGCCAGGUUUCACUGGAAUGAUGCAUGCUCUGGUUUCAUGAAGAUUGACAAGGGGUUCAAGGACGUCCACCUGAAUGUUGUUGCAAGGAUGGUGACCACCUUCAGCGGGAGGCUGUGCUCAGGACAGCAAGUGUACAAUCACCUGAGGUAUUGGCGGGCAAGAUGGGUGAAGGUGUGCAAGCUCAAGCAAAUGAGUGGUGCUGGUUGGGAUGAAGAGAACUACAUGAUAACAGUCCAUGCCGAUCAAUACGAAGGACUCGUCAAGGCCCACCCUAAGGAUGUAGAGUUCCUGAACAGGCCCAUAGUUAACUACUAUCAGAUGCAAGUGAUCUUUGGAAGUGGCGUCGCUACAGGUAGGUAUGGAAUGGGGUCAGCUGAAGCGUUGGGAAGGCCAGGACAAGCAAAUGCUCUAGUGGAUGUCAAAGCCUAUGAGAGAGGUGAAGAGCAAAUGGAGAGGCCUGGAUUUGACAAAGAGAAGGAAGAUCAGGUGACACCAAAGAGGACACCAAAGAGGAUGAGGAACAAUGAAGAAGGAGGAUCAAGCGGCGGCGGUCUCGCAGAUGCUAUCACGGGACUCAGCAAUUCUGUGGCUGAAGGGUGUAAGGGGAUCAACAGGGUUGUCAUGGAUGUCCCUGGAUUCAGCAGAUACGAACUGAUGUGUGCCCUGGACCACUUCAUGGAAAGGAAAGCGGCAGCUCUGGUUUUUCUGGCCAUGACUGAGAGUGAUAGGCAGCUGUGGCUGAAGCGCUUCCUUGCCAAGAAUUACAACUGA